CAGUUUCUUGUUUUCUGCGACUAACUAUUCCUCUCCAGUUACACUAAGACUAGCUGCGUUCGCAACCAGUAGUUUAUCGCUGCUGCCUCCUUCUCGGAACAUUUGUCUUAACGACCAGUUGUGGAUUAUUGUUGAGCCCCGCCACGAUGGCAGGCGGCGGCGUAUCUCCACUGGGAGCGGCCCCUCCGCUCUGGUAUCAUCGGGAUUUGAGUCGAGCUGCCGCCGAGGAGCUGCUAGCCCGUGCCGGGCGAGAUGGGAGCUUUCUGGUGCGGGACAGUGAGAGUGUUAACGGGGCGUACGCCCUCUGCGUUCUGUUUCAGAAGCACGUUCACACGUAUAGGAUUUUGCCCGAUGAGGAAAACUUCCUGGCAGUGCAGACGUCUCAGGGUGUACAGCCAAAGAGAUUUAGAACUCUUCCGGAGCUGAUCCAACUGUACCUGCAACCCAGCCAAGGCCUGGUCACCACACUGCUGUUUCCAGUGGAGAGAGAAGAGACCACGGAGGACAGAGAUUAUUCAGAUGGAGAAGACGAGAAGCCCCCCCUCCCUCCUCGCACUGCUUCCUCCAGCAGUCCCUCAGGCUCCGCCCUCAUCCCUCAGGACACAAGCACUGAUUGUGUCCCAGUGGCGGCGAACGGUUUGAGUACCAUCUCUCAUGAGUAUCUGAAGGGCAGUUAUGCUCUAGACCUGGAGGCGGUGAAACAGGGAGCCAGCACCCUGCCUCACCUCAACAAAACACUGGUCUCCUCCUGUAAACGCCUGCACGGAGAGGUAGAUAAAGUGUUGUCCGGAUUGGAGAUUUUAUCGAAAGUCUUUGAUCAGCAGAGUGCCUCCAUGGUUUCCAGAAUGAUCCAGCAGUCGGUGAGUCAGGGUGGAGACCAGGAACUGGAACAUCUGGUCACUAAACUGGCCAUCCUCAAAGACCUGCUGUCCUCUAUAGAGAAGAAGGCGCUGAAAGCCUUGCAGGAUAUGAGUGCAGCUGUCCCUUCCAUUUCUCCCCCUCUCUCCUGCCGUCACAGUAAAGCCAUCCCUGUACAGGCCUUUGAGGUGAAACUGGAUGUGAACAUUGCAGACCUGACUAAGAUCGGCAAGUCUCAGAAACACACUCUGAGUGUGGAUGUGGAGGGAGGAAAACUGGUGGUGAUGAAGAAGAUGAAGGACUCACAGGAGGACUGGAACACCUUCACACAUGACAAGAUUCGGCAGCUGAUUAAGUCCCAGAGGGUGCAGAAUAAACUGGGCAUCGUGUUUGAGAAAGAGAAAGACAAGAGUCAAAGGAAAGACUUCAUCUUCGCCAGUGCCAAGAAAAGAGAAGCGUUCUGUCAGCUCUUACAGUUGAUGAAGAAUAAACAUUCCCACCAGGAUGAACCCGACAUGAUCUCUGUCUUCAUCGGCACCUGGAAUAUGGGCAGUGUUCCUUCCCCUAGAGCGGUGGGGUCGUGGGUGCUGUCCCGCGGUUUGGGUAAAACACUGGACGAGAUGACCGUCACCAUCCCCCAUGACAUCUACGUUUUCGGAACGCAGGAGAACUCCGUCUGCGAUAAAGAGUGGGUGGAGGCCCUGCGCUCCGCCCUCAAAGACUACACCGACAUGGACUUUAAACCAGUUGCGGUCCAGACUCUGUGGAAUAUUAAGAUUGCAGUUUUGGUGAAACCAGAACACGAAAACCGAAUCAGUCAUGUGGGAACGUCCAGCGUGAAAACCGGAAUCGCCAACACACUGGGAAACAAAGGGGCAGUGGGCGUGUCCUUCAUGUUCAACGGAACCUCCUUUGGUUUUGUCAACUGCCACUUGACAUCAGGAAAUGAGAAAAUUCACAGACGGAACCAGAACUACCUGGACAUUCUGCGGCAGCUCUCGCUGGGUGACAAGCAGCUGAGCUCAUUCGACAUCUCCCUGCGAUUCACACACCUCUUCUGGUUCGGAGACCUCAAUUACAGAUUAGACAUGGACAUUCAGGAAAUCCUGAACUACAUAAACAGGAAGGAGUUUGAGCCGUUGCUGAAGGUGGACCAGCUGAAUCUGGAGAGAGAAAAGAAUAAAGUUUUCCUUCGAUUCGCCGAGGAGGAGAUCACCUUCCCCCCAACCUACCGGUACGAGCGCGGAUCCCGUGACACAUAUGUGUGGCAGAAGCAGAAAGCUACAGGGAUGAGGACGAACGUGCCAUCGUGGUGCGAUCGGAUUCUGUGGAAAUCAUAUCCAGAGACUCACAUUGUCUGCAACUCCUACGGCUGUACAGAUGACAUUGUCACCAGUGACCACUCCCCCGUGUUCGCCACGUUUGAAGUGGGUGUGACGUCGCAGUUUGUGUCAAAGAAAGGCUUGCCUAAGUCGUCAGAGCAAGCUUACAUAGAAUUUGAGAACAUUGAAGCCAUUGUGAAAACGGCCAGCAGGACCAAGUUCUUCAUCGAGUUCUACUCCACCUGCCUGGAGGAGUUUAAGAAGAGUUAUGAGAAUGACAGCCAGAGCUCUGACAAUAUAAACUUCCUCAGACUGGGCUGGUCGUCUAAACAGCUGACCACCCUCAAACCCAUCCUGUCAGACAUCGAGUAUCUGCAAGACCAGCAUCUACUGCUCACCGUCAAGUCGCUGGACGGAUACGAGUCCUACGGAGAGUGUGUCUUGGCUCUGAAGUCCAUGAUUGGCAGUACAGCGCAGCAGUUUCAUACGUACCUGUCCCACCGCGGAGAAGAGACUGGAAACAUCCGCGGAUCCAUGAAAGUCCGAGUGCCCUCUGAGAGAAUGGGCACCAGGGAGAGACUAUACGAAUGGAUCAGUGUGGAUAAGGAUGAGACUAGCAAAGCAACGCUGCCCUCUAGAGUCGGACACGAUUAUGUCAAGCCUUCUCUGAACAGGAAGCUGGCGUCUGGAGAACUUGGUAAAGUGACAGAGGAGGGAGAGAGGACCAGCUCAGGACGAACUGCUUUCACACACUCCUCAACGAAGGACGACAACACACACAGCAGAACGAAACAGGACGCAACAGACAGUGACCCAACCACCUCUAAGAACAGCUACAAUAACCCCGCCUACUACAUCCUGGAGGGAGUUCCCAACCAAUCAGCUGCUCUGGCUGCAGAUAUGCUCCCAGGUUCCGCCCACCCCUCUGCAUCCUCCAAAACAACACCCUCUGUAGGCGCUGCAGGCAAGAACAAACCUACCACGGGGGUGUCCGUACAAAGCCGCAGGCAAAACAGUGGACGCUCUGUGCGACCCAUCACAGAGGAGGGGUCCUCAGAGGAUGAUGGGAACCAAGGCGCACACGGAGGGACGCUGAACCGCCCCCCUCCAGAUUUCCCGCCGCCCCCACUUCCCAAAGGUGCUCUGGAAAUGGCCGAAAACCCCUUUUAUCCGGGCGGGAAAGACGGAAAACCACGAAUAUACCCGGAUCUGGCUGACAUCAAGAUCCCACCCCCCUCGACAUCGACCGGCAACAAGCCCCUCCAUUCUCCGGGCUUCACCCCGCCCCCCACGUCGGGGGGCGUGGCCUUCUGCCUGGAGCCGCCGCCCUUCAGGCGAGGGGGAGGUGCCCCUGGCAUGGAUGACCAAUCCUGUUCUGUGCUGCAGAUGGCGAAAACACUGAGCGAGGUGGAGUACCCCUCUGGGCGGGACCGGAGCGUAGGCCACGCCCUCAAGGCACCGGCUGCGCCCCAUCUGAGGGGUCUGGGUCUGGGGGACUGCAGGACGUUCCCUCCUCGUUCCAUACAGGAGGAGAGCAUUGCUGAAGACCUGCCAGAGGAGGGCAUGUGGCAGGGUGGGAGCAGUAGCUCCAGUCUGUCUGUGGAGUCCAGUGUGGGUGAGUGGCUGCAGAGACUGGGAUUGGAGUGCUACGAGGCAGGGCUUCUACACAACGGCUGGGACGACCUCGAGUUCCUCAGUGACAUCACGGAGGAGGACCUGGAGGAGGCAGGAGUUCUGGACCCCGGCCACAAAAAGAUCCUUCUGGAAAGUUUGAGACAGCUGCAGCAGCAAAAGUGAGCCGAGCCAAGUCGGUGUGGUCCCGAGCAGACCAAACGAGGACAUCGAACUUGUCCAAACUGUGCCUUUCUAAAAAAAAAAAAAGAGACUUGCACUGUUCGAUUUUUAUCCCUGAGACAUGCAUCGUCGUUUCAACUGCCUUUUCUUUUUUUUCCUUAAGUUAAUGUCGAUGUUAUUAAACGUGUUGUUUACUGUCAGCAAUAUUAUUUAAGCCAACCCGAUAUUUUAAAGACACUCUGUCACUACAAGCCCCUCCCCCCAAGCAAAGAGAGACGCCCCGCUUUGUGUGACGCAUGGAGAGGAAGUGACAUCACCAGGGCGUCGCUCACUCAGAACUUUGAAAUGGAAGGGCU